AAUACUUGUAACUUGUGAAGCCUCAUCCUGGGAGAAGGUUCGAUUAGCAUGCAGCCUCGACAUAGAAAAUGGCUGGAAAACAUUCUUGACAGAUGCCCAGAGAGGGUAGGAGACUGGAUAUCAAUGGCACAGCCUUGCCGGAACUAGGACCCAGGCCCCUGCUACGCCCAGAGCUACGUCAUCACAACCCCGCCCCCGGGCUGGCGUCUUAGCUGGGCGCCCCGCGCCCCCUGGUGCGCACACUCCGUCCGGCCUCGCCGGUGCACCUCCCACCUAGGUCCUCCAGCCCCGGCGGGUGUGCUCGCGGGGGGAACAGAGGCAGGGAGCGUGCUUGGGAGUUCGUUCCUUUCUCAGCCCACACCCCAGAGCCCGCAAAGCUGCCCUGCCCUCCGGAGACCCACAUGGAAUAGCAGGGAAGGACGGGAGGAAAGGGAGGGGGCCGAAAGCAAGCAAGCACGGUCUGAGAAGUCAGCCGGUCCUGCCACACUCAAGAUGGCGGCAUGGCAGUGGCAAGGUCCCUCAGAGGCGGUACCGGCGCAUGCGCAGCGCGGAGUCCCGGCCCGGGACACAAGAUGGCGGCAGCGGCGCUGGGGAGGGCGAGGCGGAGGCGGCAAAACGGGAGGUCGAGCAGAACGUGUAGUCGCGUCCCCUCGAGUCCGCUCCGGGCAGUUGCUGAUGCGAGGAAUUCCCUGGGCCCCCGUCCACUCCACUGCUGACCAGCCCACUCACCUGUGCUGAGCCUUCCUGCAGGCCUCCCCCCCUGCCUCUGUGGUACCCUGUGACGUGGGGGGCCAUCUGGUUGGAGAAGAAAACCCUCUCAUGCUAGCAUUGCAGACCCCAGAGGGUGAGAAAAAGAGGGACCUUGUUCAGCCUUGAGACCUGUGGGCUCAGCCCCAAGGCUUCGGGACUCCCUCCUCCCCAGAGAAUCAAGCUCCCCCCCACCUUGGUCGGUGUGGGUGCGGAGAUGGCCAAUGAGAAUCACGGCAGCCCCCGGGAGGAAGCGUCCCUGCUGAGUCACUCCCCAGGCACCUCCAAUCAGAGCCAGCCCUGUUCUCCAAAGCCCAUCCGCCUGGUGCAGGACCUCCCAGAGGAGCUGGUGCAUGCGGGCUGGGAGAAGUGCUGGAGCAGGAGGGAGAACCGUCCCUACUACUUCAACCGAUUUACCAACCAGUCCCUGUGGGAGAUGCCUGUGCUGGGCCAACAUGACGUGAUUUCGGACCCUUUGGGGCUGAAUGCGACCCCACUGCCCCAAGACUCCAGCUUGGUAGAAACCCCCCCAGCUGAGAACAAGCCCCGAAAGCGGCAGCUCUCCGAAGAGCAGCCAAGCGGCAAUGGCGUGAAGAAGCCCAAGAUCGAAAUCCCUGUGACGCCCACGGGCCCAUCGGUGCCUAGCUCCCCCAGUGUUCCAGGAACCCCAACACUGAAGAUGUGGGGGGCAUCCCCUGAAGAUAAACAGCAGGUGGCUCUCCUCCGACCCACUGAGGUGUACUGGGAUCUGGACAUCCAGACCAACGCGGUCAUCAAGCACCGGGGGCCUUCGGAGGUGCUGCCCCCGCACCCCGAGGUGGAGCUGCUGCGCUCCCAGCUCAUCCUCAAGCUUCGGCAGCACUACCGGGAGCUGUGCCAGCAGCGAGAGGGCAUCGAGCCCCCUCGAGAAUCCUUCAACCGCUGGAUGCUGGAGCGCAAGGUCGUGGACAAAGGCUCUGACCCCCUGUUGCCAAGCAACUGUGAGCCGGUCGUGUCGCCCUCCAUGUUUCGCGAAAUCAUGAAUGACAUUCCCAUCAGGUUAUCCAGAAUCAAGUUCCGGGAGGAAGCCAAGCGCCUGCUCUUCAAAUAUGCAGAGGCCGCCCGGCGGCUCAUCGAAUCCAGGAGUGCGUCCCCCGACAGUAGGAAGGUGGUCAAAUGGAACGUGGAGGACACCUUCAGCUGGCUGCGGAAGGACCACUCUGCCUCCAAGGAGGACUACAUGGACCGCCUGGAGCAUCUGCGGAGGCAGUGUGGCCCCCACGUCUCGGCCGCAGCCAAGGACUCAGUGGAGGGCAUCUGCAGUAAGAUCUACCACAUCUCCCUGGAGUAUGUCAAACGGAUCCGAGAGAAGCACCUGGCCAUCCUUAAGGAAAACAACAUCCCAGAGGAGGUGGAGGCCCCAGAAGUGGAGCCCCGCCUGGUGUACUGUUACCCGGUCCGGCUGGCCGUGUCUGCGCCCCCCAUGCCCAGCGUGGAGAUGCAUAUGGAGAAUAACGUGGUCUGCAUCCGGUAUAAGGGAGAGAUGGUCAAGGUCAGCCGCAACUACUUCAGCAAGCUGUGGCUGCUUUACCGCUACAGCUGCAUUGACGACUCUGCCUUUGAGAGGUUCCUGCCCCGAGUCUGGUGUCUUCUUCGGCGGUACCAGAUGAUGUUCGGCGUGGGCCUCUACGAGGGGACAGGCCUGCAGGGAUCGCUGCCCGUGCACGUCUUUGAGGCCCUCCACCGCCUCUUCAGCGUCAGCUUUGAGUGCUUUGCCUCGCCCCUCAACUGCUACUUCCGCCAGUACUGCUCUGCCUUCCCAGACACAGAUGGCUACUUCGGCUCCCGCGGGCCCUGCCUGGACUUUUCCCCGCUGAGUGGUUCCUUUGAGGCCAACCCUCCGUUCUGCGAGGAACUCAUGGAUGCCAUGGUCUCUCACUUUGAGAAACUGCUCGAGAGCUCCCCGGAGCCCCUGUCCUUCAUCGUGUUUAUACCCGAGUGGCGAGAACCCCCCACGCCGGCGCUCACCCGCAUGGAGCAGAGCCGCUUCAAACGCCACCAGCUGGUCCUGCCUGCCUUUGAGCACGAGUACCGCAGUGGCUCCCAGCACGUCUGCAAGAAGGAGGAAAUGCACUACAAGGCCGUCCACAACACCGCCGUGCUGUUCCUACAGAAUGACCCUGGCUUUGCCAAGUGGGGGCCAACACCCGAGCGGCUGCAGGAGCUGAGCACCGCCUACCGGCAGUCAGGCCGCAGCCAUGGCUCCGGCUCCUCGUCGUCUUCCUCCGAGAACAAGGACCGGGACUCUGGCCGUGAGCAGGGCCCCAGCCGCGAGCCUCACCCCACUUAACACAUCUUGCGGGGAGGAGGAGCCCCAGGGUGCUGGUAUGGACUGCUGGGACUCGGGCCUCUUGGGGCCAAGCGGACCCCAGGACCCUCCCCCUGAGGUGGCAGCAGGGCUCAGGCUGCCAGUGACAUAGGAAGAUGAUGGCGCUGCCAGGGCUCCCCCUCCCUGCCCAGUCUCCCGACUCCUCACCUCAGACUUGCUCCAGCUCCCCUGUAAAUAGGCCCCAUCCCUUCCCCUCCUCCCCAUCCCUACCAUCUUAUUGCCACCUUGUUUCAUUUGUAAAAGGAAAUACAGAACCCCCCCC